CUGACACUCAUAUGCUUACAUGGUAUUACUGGUUACAUUAAGUUUUUUUUCCUAAUUCAUUAAAGUAUCAUAAAAUGUCAAAUGAGUCUCAUAAUUAAAAGUGGGUUUCAAGAGGUCGAUUUAUCGGCCUUCCGACCUAAAUCAAUCAGUAAAGGCACAACAUUAGUAAAAAGUUAUCAUGUCAGUGACGUGAGAGAACUCAUCCAUGGAAAUGAUAGACGUAUCUGUGGAUCAGUGAUCCGAGAAACUCCUGGGGCACAUAGCACCCGUAAAAAAGAAAAUAUUUACUCCCCAGUCGUUCAGCCUCCCAUGGACGAUUUGGAAAUGUGUAAAAAUGCACUCCAGGACUAUUUUUUGCAUUGUUGAAACAAUUCACAACACAGCAAUUACGUUUCGACAAUUUCUGUGGAAUUUGUGGUGAUUUUUCUGUGGCCUCCAUAACACACGUUUCGGUAGUCAACAGACUGACUGGCCCCCCGAGAGUUGCUACCGUAGGACCACGCGAGCUACUUGUCUAGCGUAUACUCCAGAGCCUUGGCGCACUACCAUCAGAUUGGUUCCGCAAGAUAGUAAUUCUACAAACCACCACCAGACAGCGAGAAAUCGCUUUUGCGAUCGCGAAUUUGACUCGCGGAAAGAAUGCGCCACCUAGGUCCGUCGCGGAACUAUAUUUUUUCUAAAUAUUCCCCGGAAACCGAUAGCCCACUCAACCACCUUUACUUCACAUUCCUAAUUCACAUUUUCUAAAACCCAUAUAAUCCUCAUUAAAUUCACAAAAUAAAACAGCUUCAAUAAUUCAUAAAAUUUCUAAAUUAUAAAAACAUAAAAUCAUGAAUUUCUCGAUUGUGAGAAUCCUGACAACUUAUCCCCUCAGACGCAAAUAUUUUUCACACUUUGUCUCUUUCAAUACAGAAAAUUUAAUGUCAGAAUAGUUAUCACUAAAUGAAAGUUUGACUUUUCACCACUUACAGUAGGAAAAAAACACCUGUUGCCAUUUUUAGAUCUUAACAGUGUAAAAUUUUUUAACAAGUAUGCAAGAUUUUGUUCUAGAGAGAGAGAGAGAGAGAGAGAGAUGUCCUGUUUUCAGAGUGAAAAUUCGAUAUUAAAUUCUGUUUUUUACACAGAUGGUCAUACAAUUCCUUCAUUCAGGUCUUAUAACUCGCUCGAUCUUAAUUUUAUUUUUUCGAUAAUUUAGUUGAUUCUGCGAAUGAUCGAGGAGUUCUAAUUUAAAAAUAUCAACAUGAAUAGUGGAAGAAGCUUUGAGAAUAGUCUGUUUUACUUAGAAUUAUGAGUUUCAAUGCAAGAAACAUCAUUAUCCGUUAGUACAUGCAUCGCCUAGAAUACUAAUAUUGCUAAAUUAUCGCAGAACUUAAUUUCAUGUGGUAUUCUCUAAGAACUGUCGCGCAAUUUCAUGAAAUUCUCUUUCCCAGCAGGCCGAAAUGCAGUGCAAAAAUUUUUGCAAGUUAUGAUAAAAAAGCAAAGAUAAGCAAAGAUCAAGACAUUGAAAGAGAAACACAACGAAAAGGUUCAUAGGCUCAGAAACCCGAUUGUCAGAGAAGCUGGAGCAGUUUCUCCACCGUCAUCAUCAUUAUCAGAAGAAGAAAACGAAAAAGAAGAUGAACCAGCUUCAGCUCCAUUAAAAAAACAAUAUGGAAGAGCUCAAUCAUCAAAACCAGGACCCUCAAAAUCAGGUCCAUCAAAAUGACCUCUGAUGAAGAUAGUUCUAAUAGAGGGAGAAGAUGGAUCAGCUCCAUCCACCACAUCAUCCGAUUCCCCGGAGUCAGAAGGAGAUCAGUCUCUCAGGCAGUGUAUGAAGAACAAAACAAGAGUCCAUCAUGGUAAGGCCCACCAAACCAGCCAGCUUCGAAACAAAAAAACGAAACCCAAGCUUCUGAAAUCCCACCAAUCCCACCCCGAAUCUGAAGAAGAAACAAUCACUGAGCCACCGUCCAAACAACAACAGAAAACCUCAGCAUCAGUGACUCCAUCACUCCUCCCAGAAUUUGAAAGAAAACAAGGCGAGUCCCGACUCUCAGAAGACCCAUCAAAACACGUGGAAUCUUCUGAACCGCCAAACACCCUGGAAAUUGUGACUCUACAAAUACCCCGAAGCCUGAAACCUCGAAAAUGACCAACACGACCACGGCCCUGAGAGCCUCCCCAGCACAGCUCCUGUAUGGAACAAAGCUACGAGUCCCUGGGGAAUUUUUCGUCUCUGAGAGCUUACCCGCAGAUCCGAAUUUCUUCCUCGAGAAAUUCCGCGACCAUAUGAGGCGAGCGAGACCCACUACCGCUGCCCAUCACACCAAGGCAAGGUUUUUCGUACUGAAGGACCUGUACGACGGAAGCCACGUCUUCGUACGCGGCGACGCAGUAAAAAAACCCUUCGACCCACCGUACACCGGACCUCACGAGAUCGUCAGACGAGUUGACGACAGAGUAUUCAUCGUCAAAUUCAACGGACUCGACAAAACUAUCUCCGUUGAUCAACUCAAGACAGCAUUCAUCACCAAGACAGACUCAUUAGGACCAUCACCUGAACAACAACAUCAACCUAUUCCACAACUCAGCGCAUCAACGACUGUACCUGAAGAACAUCAUUCUCUGAACAUGGAUCCACCUCUAAGGACAUACGCCAGAGUAACCCAAACACCAAAGAAAGUUUCGUUCCUUUCCUUACCCAUACUCAGGUCACUGGGAGGGGAGUGGCUGUGGCGGCUGAGGGUCAACUAGAUCCCAGCGUUACCGACGGAGCUCACCCCCAGCGCCAACGACGGAAACAAUUGCUAGUUCCGAGAUCGCACUAGCCUUCACUGAGAUUCGCUCUUUAACCGCCAUUAUCAUCCUUACCGCGCUUUUGUCAGUCCACCACAGCUGUGGCGUCUCAUCGCUUUUGUAUUAAAUAAUUAAUAAUAAGUGUUUGGACUGAAUAAAUAUAAGUUGUUUAUUGUGAACACAUCUUCAUUUAUU